CCUCUUUGAAUUGCAUACCCCCCCUUGGAGUGCCGAAAUAAGUAAUCAAGUAGAGGCCUUUAUUAAGGGGGGGCCGAGGAGCAUCAAGACAUACGUUACUGAGUAUCGGAUGGCUGCUCUCGGCUUCGUGAGAUACUAUUGUCCUGGUGAUGUCGAUGAUGAUCUUUGGCCGAAGAUGGUGGGGUCUUAUGAGCAAGCCGACGGGCCCCGCCUAGGCGUGCCAGCUGAGGCCGAAGGCUUCGAUAUGGAUCGCAUGUCAUUUAUGGCUCGGGCCGCCAGGAAGGCCGAUGCGGAGUUGAAAGCUGCUCAAGCUGCCGAGGCAGCAAAGAAGUCUGCGGGCGGUUCCCAAGGGGGUGUUGAGGCCGCUAAGAAGCCUGUGGCUAAGAAGAGCAGGAGGGCUGCUGAUGAGGGCCAAAAGACUCUGGCCGAAGCGGGGCUAAAACUGAGCCAGGCUUCGAAGAAGACGAAGAGGGCUCCCACGAAUGAAGAGGCCGGCGCCCCCUCAUCUCAGGCUGUUGCGGAUGUUCAGCCGUCGGCGGUCCCUCCUGUGAAUGAUCCCCCUUCGUCGGCCGUUGUGGCCUCGGCUUCUCGAGUUGCUCCCUCUACUGCCGCUGCC